GUCCUGCGGAAGUGUUUGAAAGUGCCAUUGCGCGAGACGAGCGCGAGCUCCACGCUGCACGAGCUGAUCAAUAGGCCUCCGCACGCGGCAUGUGAUGGAGUGGCAGCCGGAUGAACAAGGCCUCCAGCAGGUCCUGCAGCUCCUGAGAGACUCUCAAUCUCCAAACACAGCCACACAGAGAGCUGUGCAGCAGAAACUAGAGCAGCUGAAUCAGUUUCCUGAUUUCAACAACUAUCUGAUCUUCGUCCUAACGAGGCUGAAAACUGAAGAUGAGCCCACUCGAUCCCUCAGCGGUCUGAUACUGAAGAACAACGUGAAGGUUCACUAUCAGAACUUCCCUCCUGGAGUCGCACACUUCAUCAAGCAGGAAUGUUUAAACAACAUCGGGGACCCUUCCCCUCUCAUCCGCGCCACUAUCGGUAUACUAAUUACAACGAUUGCCACCAAAGGGGAGUUGCAGACAUGGCCGGAGUUGCUGCCCCAGCUGUGCAACAUGCUGAACUCGGAGGACUACAACAUCUGUGAGGGCUCGUUUGGAGCUCUACAGAAGAUCUGCGAGGACUCGUCUGAGCUCCUGGACAGUGACGCUCUGAACCGACCCCUCAACAUCAUGAUUCCAAAGUUCUUGCAGUUCUUCAAACACUGCAGCCCCAAGAUCAGAUCUCAUGCUAUUGCAUGUGUGAAUCAGUUUAUCAUCGGAAGAGCGCAAGCCCUGAUGGACAACAUUGACACCUUUAUUGAGAGUCUGUUUGCGCUGGCCGCAGACGAGGACUCGGAGGUGCGGAAGAACGUGUGCAGGGCUCUGGUCAUGCUGCUGGAGGUGCGAGUUGACCGGCUCAUCCCUCACAUGCGCAGCAUCGUUGAGUACAUGCUGCAGCGCACACAGGACCCGGAUGAGAACGUGUCUCUGGAGGCCUGUGAGUUCUGGCUUACACUGGCUGAGCAGCCCAUCUGUAAGGAUGCCCUCUCUGGACACCUUGCACAACUAGUUCCUGUUCUGGUGAAUGGGAUGAAGUACUCUGAGAUUGACAUCAUUUUGUUAAAGGGUGAUGUGGAGGAAGACGAGGCCGUGCCGGACAACGAGCAGGACAUAAAGCCUCGCUUUCACAAGUCUCGUACUGUCACCCUUCGCCAUGAAGGGGAUGAAGCGGAGGAAGGAGAGGACAGUGAUGACGAUGAUGAUGAUGACGACGACAGUCUCUCCGACUGGAAUCUACGUAAGUGUUCGGCAGCCGCCCUUGAUGUCUUGGCAAAUGUGUUUCGGGAUGAGUUGCUGCCCCACCUGCUCCCUGUGCUGAAGGAACUGCUGUUCCACCCGGACUGGGUCAGUAAAGAGUCUGGCAUCCUGGUUCUUGGAGCCAUUGCUGAAGGCUGUAUGCAGGAUAUGGUGCUGUACCUUCCGGAGUUAAUUCCUCACCUGAUCCAGUGUCUCUGUGAUAAGAAAGCUCUGGUUCGCUCCAUCGCCUGCUGGACUCUGAGUCGCUAUGCACACUGGGUGGUCAGCCAGCCACCCGACUCCUACCUCAAACCCCUGAUGACCGAGCUGCUCAAACGCAUCCUUGACAGCAACAAGAGGGUUCAAGAGGCCGCCUGCAGUGCAUUUGCGACCCUGGAAGAGGAGGCUUGUACAGAGCUGGUUCCCUACUUGAGCUUCAUUCUGGACACACUGGUGUUUGCUUUCGGCAAGUACCAGCAUAAGAACUUGUUGAUCCUAUAUGACGCCAUCGGAACCCUUGCUGACUCUGUCGGACACCAUCUUAACCAGCCGGAAUACAUCCAAAAGCUCAUGCCCCCUCUGAUUCAGAAAUGGAAUGAGUUAAAAGAUGAAGACAAAGAUCUGUUCCCCUUGUUGGAGUGUCUGUCUUCAGUGGCCACAGCACUGCAGAGUGGUUUCCUGCCUUACUGUGAACCAGUUUACCAGCGCUGUGUCACCCUGGUCCAGAAGAACCUCGCUCAAGCCAUGAUGUAUAACCAGCAACCUGACCAGUACGAGUCCCCUGAUAAAGACUUCAUGAUCGUGGCUCUCGAUCUGCUCAGCGGUCUGGCCGAGGGACUCGGGGCACAUGUGGAACAGCUGGUCACCCGCAGCAACAUCAUGACCCUGCUCUUCCAGUGCAUGCAGGACACCAUGCCCGAAGUGCGACAGAGUUCGUUCGCUCUCCUAGGAGACUUGACGAAGGCGUGUUUCCUUCACGUGAAGCCGUGCGUCGCUGAGUUCAUGCCUGUCCUGGGUGUCAAUCUCAACCCUGAGUUCAUAUCUGUGUGCAACAAUGCCACGUGGGCCAUCGGAGAGAUUGCUAUUCAGAUGGGUACGGAGAUGCAGCCUUUUGUGGCCUUGGUUCUCAAUAACCUUGUGGAGAUCAUCAACCGACCUAAUACACCCAAAACUCUACUGGAGAACACAGCCAUUACGAUUGGUCGACUGGGAUACGUGUGUCCACAGGAAGUUGCCCCCAUGUUGGCACAGUUCAUUCGGCCCUGGUGCACGUCACUUAGAAACAUUCGGGACAAUGAAGAGAAAGACUCGGCCUUCAGAGGCAUUUGCGUAAUGAUUGGGGUAAAUCCGGGAGGGGCCGUACAGGACUUCAUCUUUUUCUGUGAUGCUGUGGCCUCCUGGGUAACUCCAAAAGACGAUUUGAGGGACAUGUUCUACAAGAUUUUGCACGGCUUCAAGGAUCAGGUUGGCGAGGAUAACUGGCAGCAGUUCUCAGAACAGUUUCCACCACAGCUGAAGGAGAGACUUUCAGCCUGUUAUGGUGUGUAGAUGCCGCCCCUGCUGACACGAGAUUCUACUAUUAGGUCAAAUCUGCGGGAGGGUUACUGUCUGUUUGUGGGAACUACCUGCUGUUGGAGCCAAAGACGUGUGACGGUUUGCGAUCUGUUGCGACCCUACUUCCUGUAGUGAAAGAAGAUUUGAGAGUUAAUGUGAAAUCAACCAUUUUAUUGUCACACUUUGGCUUCUUACUCGCUCAUAACGGGAAUGAAACCUGAAGCUCAGGGAUCUUGAUCGGGAGGGAGGGAUCGUUCAGGCAAGAUUCACCAGCUGCUUAUUGGACAAAACGACGCCAUUCAGUAGUCCAGCCUUAGCAAAGCAUGGCUUCUCAGCUAGAUGCCAAAAGCACACACACACACACACGGGAAAUGCAACGAGCGGCAUACAUGCUUAAGGCAAGCUGCCUGAUCAAAAUGAGUUUUUCUUAGAGAUAGAUCACCCAAAAAUGAAAAGUUUUCAUCCUUUUGUCACUGACAAUUACGUUUAACUCAUCUGCGAGAUGUUCGUUAGCACAGUCUUUUGCAUAAAACAAAAAAAGUGGAUUAUAUCUCCAAAUGUUAGCAUUUAAGAGUAGUUACGCAAUGUUUGAGAAACAGGCUGAAAUUAAGUAGUUAUUCACUGAAAAUGUUGCUCAAUUUAACACAAGUUGUAAUUAAGCCUUACUAACUUUUACUGUAUAUUCUUAUACCUUUUGUAAUGCUGUAGUCAUUAUCCACUUUUUUUGUUUUAUGCAAAUUUUCAUUUUUGGGUGCACUUUCACUUUAAAAGUUAUUAGUUUUGCUGGUAGUCGUUGGCUAAUGAAAAAAGCAUGCAAUCAUUAUGACACAAGUACAUAUUUCUGUAUUUCCUGCCUGCUUCUUUUCUUUCCGCGGCGGCACAUUACAUUGAGCUAAAUUUUCAUUCCAUGAACAAACUGCUUUUAAUGCAUUGAUAUUUCAGCUGUAGCCUGUAAGAACCAUAAUGGAGUUGCUGACGUUCACGUGAUGUUUCAUUAAGCGGAUACUUGGUUUUGUUUUCCUUUUUUUGGUUCAUCUAAAACGCAUGGCAAGAAGGGCAAUAAGGUUUCUUUACAAAGUAAGUUACGAGUAAUCUUUUUCUGGUUUGAUCGAUGUGAUCUUUUUAAGCAUUAUUCCUUUCGUGUCGCAAACAUCACAUGGAAAGAAAGCUUGCACCAAGAAUUCCCUGUAGAGAUUGAGUGUUUGCCUCCGCUGCUUUUAAAAUAAAUGAUAGGGAGUUAAAUAACUAUAAUUCUUAAGGAACUUUAGUUACUGGCGUUAUUGAUAAGCACUUUCUCUAAUAAGGAGUCGGACUGUCGGGUUCCCCCUCGUAAGAUGGGGAACUGUUGAAGUUAUGAGUAAGAAUGCUUGACUUGUGUAAGGACAAUCUAACAUGAGUGAUAAAGCGGUUUCUUUAAUGAGCUUCGAUUUAACACUGGGUGUACUUUUAGCAAAGAAAACUAGCCUGUGUUAUAGCAUGUAACGUGGUAAGAUUCUUCUACACGAUAUGCAAUUGUUCUUUUAGACAGACUGAUGAAUUGUGUGAAGGUGCAGUAGAGGGUAUGAGGAGUAAAAAUAAACUAGAAAAAUGUUAUUUGAUUUAAAGUAUCAUGUAAUUGGAAGUACAUUGCUCUGUUGAUGGGGUUUAGGAAAGGGUUCCCAAAUCUUUUUAGUUGUUUUGAUCAUGCUUAAGCUGUCGUCCUGGUUUUAAAUGCCUGUUAAAGCAAUAUGCAUGUUCGUCUCUACGAAAAGACAGUUGCAUCUUAAGGUUUCUUCUCGCGUCAUUAAACACUAGCUCUGACAAUCUCAUUUUUAAAAUGUAUACUUUUUUUUUUUUUGUAAGCUGCUCCACCCUUUAGGGUUGUUUUCUUUUUGUUUUAUUUCUUUUGUAAAAGCCUUUAUUCCAACAUUUAGACUAUUUCAAA